AUCUCUUCUGGAGAUCCUCUUCUCUGGAGUUUCAUAGCAAGCCCAGGAUAUGGGAUUUUAAUACAAGAUGAAGACUGUAUUUUAUAUAUGUUUGCUUCUGGCUGGGCUUCAUGCUUUUGCCUAUGGUCAGCUUACAGCCAACCACCACAAUGGACAUGAUCCAAAUGAACAUAACGACCAUAUACAUCAUAAUGCUGAAGCAGCUGCUUGCCUCAAGCUAGUGCCAAACAAUGCUGACUUUGCAUUUAAAUUUCUAAAUGAGGUUGCACUGGAAGAACCUAAUAAGAACAUCUUCUUCUCUCCUGUAAGCAUCUCCACUGCCUUUGCAAUGUUGGCCCUGGGGGCUAGGUCAAUCACCAAGACUCAGAUCCUGGAAGGACUUGCCUUUAACCUUACAGAGAUUCAGGAGAAAGAGAUACAUGAUGGCUUCCACAAUCUUAUGCACAUGCUGAGCCAUCCUGAGAGUGGGGUACAGCUCAACAUGGGGAAUGCAAUCUUUCUAACAGAGAAGCUGAAACCACUAGAAAAGUUCUUAGAUGAUGCCAAACCUUUGUAUCAACUAGAGGUUUUAGCUACUGACUUCAACAAUCCCACAAAGGCUGAGAAGGAGAUCAAUGAUUAUGUAGAGAAGAAAACACAAGGGAAGAUUACUAAUUUGGUUAAGGAAAUUGAUCCACAGACUGUAAUGCUCCUGGCUAGCUUUGUUUUCUUUAGAGGCAACUGGGAAAAGCCUUUUAAACCGGAGAACACUGAAGAAAGGGAGUUCUUUGUGGAUGCUGAAACUACUGUGAAAGUUCCUAUGAUGUAUCAGGUUGGCAUAUUUGACUUGUAUUUUGAUGCGGACCCGCCUUGCACCGUGGUACGUCUUCAUUACAAUGGAAGUGCUACUGCGUUUCUAGUUCUGCCAGCAAAAGGAAAAAUGAAGCAGUUAGAACAAACUCUGGACAAGGAAAGAGUCAAGAAAUGGUCAGACCAUCUAUUCAAGAGCAAAAUACAGCUCUACUUCCCCAAAUUUUCUAUCUCUGGGAGCUAUGAAAUAACAAACGUACUUAGCAAGAUGGGAAUUGUGGACGUGUUCACCAACCAGGCAGAUCUCUCUGGAAUCACUGGUGUCCCAGAGCUGAAGGUUUCUAAAGUUAUCCAUAAGGCUGCUCUGGAUGUUGAUGAGAGAGGUACUGAGGCUGCGGCGGCUGCAGCAACAACUGCUCCUAAGAUAAUGGCCCUCACUCUUGCUCCUAGAAUUGAAUUCAACCAUCCCUUCCUGAUGCUGAUUUUUGACAGAGACACAAACAGUACUCUCUUCAUAGGAAAAAUAGCUAACCCAAGUACCACUAGCAGAAGUGAGAUAUGAACUCUAAUUAUUGUUACUAAUUAAAGAAGAUGUGAAACUGCACAAUGCUUAUUUCCAUUUGCACCAGCAAAGUAUAAAGCUCUUUUUCAGCAAGAGUUUUUAUUCUAUGUCAUUAUCAAAAACUCUAGGUAUUGAUUGUGACACUUUCUUAGGAGGAAGUAUGAAAAAUGCUUUAAAUUCUUCUACCAAAGAAUGACUCUUUUAUUUGACUGAAAAACAAGGAAAAACCUGCUAAGAAUUGCCAGUAUUGAGAGAGAAAUGUUUGUACAUCAAUGGAAGAUUCCUGCUUAGCAAUUCAUUGUCAGUCAGAAUAUCAGAUAAAAUGAUUAACGCUUCUGCAAACAAAGCAUAGGCAGUUGUAAUUUACCAUAAAUACAUAAACAAGUAAAUAAGAAGUGAGAAGAGCUGAAUCAACAACGUAGGGAACGUAGGGUCAUGGGAGACUGAAGCUUCCGUCAACACUGGAAACAUGAGGAGUUGUUUUCAGUAGGGAGAGAGAAUUCUCUUCUCCAUAAAUCAUUUAUCACUUUUAGUGUUAAUCUAGCAGCAAAUAUUUCUGGAAAGCCUUCCUUCAGCUCAAAACAGAGCUAUUCUUCAUCCUGAGGACUUUCAAACAAGUAUUGUCUAUUUGGCAGACUUAGCACACGUUAAUAGUUGACUCUUCACACGUGUAUCCAUCAGUUGUCAGGAGGAUGUAGCUAGAUGAGAAGGUGAGGUAUUUGGACAACAAUUACACAAGCAUAUUGUCAGCUGUGAUUUGGUCUAGCAAAGUGCCAUCCUUCCAUAGCUACUAAAGGUAGAUAUGUAGAUAUCACCCUGUGAGCAGAUCUCCAGACCCAGGGAGCGGUGACAGCCAACCAUGAGAGUUAGAACAGCCUGAGGGCAGAAUGAUAACCUCUUUCAACAGACUUGCUUUGAAAAUGGGUACAAGAAAGACCACAGCUGACUCUUAACUACAACUGCAGUUUUGGAAGGAAGUGAAAUGGUAUCGCAGAUCAGGAAAUACUGCAGGAGCGGUCAAAUGGCUUGGGACGCAAAAAGCUUCAGCCACAUCAGUCUCUGUGAAAUUAGAGCAAGGGUGAUUUUCAGCUUGACACACAAAAGGAAGACCAAAGCACUGUCUCUCCUUUACAGAGAAAAGGAAAUAUCCCUUUCUGUUCUGUAUUUCUAAUAAAAAUUUUCCUGUUGACUGUCACACUUGGUCCUCGGUUGGGCUUUUUGACUAACUGCUCAUAAUCUCUGAAUAGGAAAGUUUAUGACCAACUGACAAACACUGAUGGCAAGAAUCCCAGUGAAUGAGAUACAUGCGCACUACACCAUUUUCCUGGUUCCU